AUGAUCACCGGCAUCGCCCACGUCAACAUUGUCGUGCCGCCCGGCACGCUCGACCAGGCCCACGCCUUCUACGGCGACACCCUCGGCUUCGUCUCCUCGCCCGUGCCCGUCCUCCAGCGCGGCUCGCUCGCCUGGUUCAACAUUGCCGACUCCGGCCAGCAGGUCCACGUCGCCUUUGGCAAGCCCGGCGACUUCAGCGACGACGCCGUCGCCUCCAGCCGCCACCCCUGCUUCCGUCUGACCGGCGGCCGGCCUGCCCUCGAGGCCCUGCAGCAGCGUGUCUGGCAGCACUUUUCCGCCGGCAGCCCGGGCGCGCCGCGGGCCUGCGACGAGCCGGGCAGGACAGACUCUGGCGCCCAAGGGGCCGAGUACCCAACCCGGUUCUUUGCGCGGGACUAUGCGGGCAACCGGCUCGAGUUCAGCUUGUAG